UCAGAGGUCAACAUACUAGAGCAGUGACUGGGUUUAUCGAAACCAGUUUCCCAUUGCCUGUCAUCAAAAUUUGCUGAGACUAGCCCUGUAUCAGCCCACCGCCAAGGAUAGAGUGUGCCACGUCAUAACGUUUCGAGGGAGAACAUUUUGAGAGGAAAUUCGCCUUGUUGUAGAACAUCUCGCUCCGGUUCCUCUACUUUUUCAGAGUAGCUCUGUAUCAUCGUCUGUGGACCAGCUAGCUGACUGCAUCUAAUCUUCCUACGAAGUUACGGAGGACUUUCCAUGAUGAAGAUCUUCAUUGUACUGUGUCUCGCAUCAUUGGCCAUCGCAAACAAGCAUGAGAUGCUUGCCGAUCAGGAACUUGCCAGGGCCAAGAUAGCCCUUGAUGAGCUCACUUUCACCAAGGAGGAGCAUAUCUACAAUGUGGACGGGUACGUCGAGGGAGAGAAGGAGAUUGGAUACGAGAACGAGAUUGACGACCCAUGCGCAAACAUGGAGUGCAGGAUUGGCCGGGAGUGCGUCUUGGACAAUCAGAGAGAGCCGUUCUGUGACUGCGCCACGAGCUGCCCACAAGGGGAGACAUCUGAGGAUGCCAUCCACAGGACCAAGGUUUGCACAACCACCAAUGCCACCUUCACCAACCUUUGUGAGUUCCAUCGUCAGAAGUGCAUGGAAGUCGAUCUGAUGGAGGUCCAUGUGGACUAUUAUGGAGAGUGUGCAGAGAUGGGAAGCUGCUCUGCUGAAGACCUGAGGGAGUACCCUGAGCGCAUGACCAACUGGUUCAUCAAGUCCCUGGCGCUGAUCAGGAACCGACCUGAGGAACAUGGAGGUCUCUCUCAGAAGGAGAAGGAAACUCUCCAGCAGGAGUGGAGCCAAUCAACCCAUGCUAUCUUCUGGAAGUUUGAUCGUCUUGACAAAAACCCUUCUGACCAUUACCUUGACUUUGCUGAGCUAGAGGGUCUUCGUGCUCCCAUCGUCCUCUUUGAACCUUGCACCAAGCCAUUCCUCCAGGCUUGUGAUGUCGACAAUGACACCCUCAUCAGCGCCGUGGAGUUUGGACGUUGCCUCAACCUUUCAGAUGAGCAAGUUCCAUACUAAGGACUGAGAGAAGAACCCAACAGCUUGAACCAAUCCAGACUCACACGCAACAAGGGAGCACCACAAGGCUAUGUUUUAGGACCCUUCAUACUCUUUUUUUUUCUGCCACCAACAGUAGUCUGUCCUUAAUGUAACAAGGAAUACUUCAUAACAUCAUCUAAAACAAAAACAGAAUAAAAGACAAAUCUGAAAUUUUGUUUCAACAGUCUUAAAUCUCUUUAUAAGGAUUAGUACUUUGGUAAGAAUAUAUAUAUUUUACAUUAUUUCCUUUUAAUCCCUAUAAUGAUAUUACAAUUUUAACACAAGUAUUCAUUAAUUUCUGUUAGAAAUGUGAUGGUACUGCAUAUUUCGUUUAAUAUGAUUGAUAAUACAUUAAUACAGAAAGAGCAUGGGCUUACAUGCAACAAUAUACAGGUAGCUUCAAAAGUCAUCCGACAUACUAUUUAUCAUUGCAUUUUGAGCCGCAUUGUACCAAUACAUGUUACUCCUUGCAGGUGUUGCAAAGUGUCCUAAGCAUAUUAAAGGUGUCAACAAAUCUUUGCAUAUUUAGACGAGUGUUUAAAGUAACCCUGUGUGAGAUGGUGUGAGUAGAAGGCUGACUUUUUAGAAAAAAAUUCAACAUGGUGCUACUUAGUUAAGGUUUUUACAGUUUACUGCUUGUUUUUGUACUUACAAUAAAAAAAAAAUGUGUGUGCUUUCAUUAACAAAGCAAAUGUAACUGAAUAUUUCCUAGAUUAUCUGAAAAUAAUAAUACACGAUUCUUGUCAGUGUCAUUCAUUAUUUACAUCAGAUCCCAUUCUUCCCCAGUGCCUUAUUUAAUCCGACUAUUCCGCCGUCUUGCCUGCACCACAGUUAAAAGAAGUAAAACAAAAAGUAAAUAAAUGUUUUGGAUGUAAACAAGUAGCAACAUUCGGUGACAACGCAUGCAGGGUGCCAUUUCUAUAAGAAAAAUAUUUUUCUAAACAUUGUAUCUAAAUACAAAAUACUUUCUCAUGUGUUAUUAUUAUUAUUAUUAUCAUUUUGUAGCUCACUUGCUGUUCCUUUGCUAGUGUACAUGUAUAUGUUUUUAGCCUAAAGUUUGCAUUUAUUUUAGCCUCACAUGAUUUUUAUAACUGUUUAUAGUGUGAUAUAUUUGGCAUUAUUUGCAUUUAGUAAUUUAAGCUGUGGCGAGUAGAUAGCUAGCUUAGCUUCAAAGAAUAAAAACAUUUCUCCUUUUUGUUAAAUCAGUAUACAUGUAUCCCUUUGAAUAUCAAAACAUUGUGCCUUUUUUUAAUAAAUCCCCUUU